ACUAAACUAAACUAGACUAAACUAGACUAAACUAAACUAAACUAAACUAAAGGACUCCUGAAGACUCUCUUUACCAACAAACUCAAACCAAACAAGGAACCAGCUUUAUUCCUCUUUACGCACUCUGGAUUACUCUCUACCGGAGGAACGGAGCGGAGGAACCGAGCGGAGGAACCGAGCGGAGGAACCGAGCGGAGGAACCGAGCGGAGGAACCGGAGGACUGAACUCUCUUCUCUUCUGGUUUUCCUCCUGAAGGUUUUGGAUUUAUCCUUCUUGUGUGUGUCUCGUCGGGAGAUGAGUGAGAGCAGCGCGGAAACGUGCUCGAUGCAUCUUCAUCUUCCUCAGAGGGACUGAAGAGGAGGAAGAGGAGGACCAGCCUGAGGACCAGAGACUCUGACUCUAUUGAUUGAUUAUUGAUGUAUUUAUUGAACAUGGAGCGCGUCAUCCUGCUGACUGUUCUCAUCAUGUCCAUGUUGCUGAGCCAGGUCUGGUGUUCUGGAGUGUUUGAGCUGAAGCUGCAGGAGUUCCUGAACAAGAAGGGGGUCCAGGGCAACAGGAACUGCUGUGUGGGGGGGCUGCAGAACCACAACCAGAACCAGAACCAGCAGUGUGAAUGUAAAACUUUCUUCAGGAUCUGUCUGAAACACUACCAGCCCAACGCCUCCCCGGAGCCGCCGUGCACGUACGGCGGCGCCGUGACGCCGGUGCUCGGAUCCAACUCCUUCCAGGUCCCGGACAGCAUCCCGGAGAGUUCCUUCAGCAACCCGGUCCGGAUCCAGUUCGGCUUCACGUGGCCGGGGACGUUCUCGCUGAUCAUCGAGGCCUUACACACGGACUCCAGAGACGACCUGUCCACAGAGAACCCAGACCGGGUCAUCAGCACCCUGACCACGCAGAGACACCUGACGGUUGGAGAGGACUGGUCUCAGGACCUUCACACCGGCGGCCGGACGGAGCUCAAGUACUCGUACCGGUUCGUGUGUGACGAGCAUUACCACGGAGACGGCUGCUCGGUGUUCUGCCGGCCCCGAGACGACGCCUUCGGACACUUCACCUGCGGAGAGCGCGGCGAGAUCGUGUGCGACGCCGGCUGGAAGGGACAGUACUGCACUGAACCCAUCUGCCUGCCGGGCUGUGACGAGGAGCACGGCUUCUGUGAGAAACCCGGAGAGUGCAAGUGCAGAGUGGGAUUCAAGGGCCGCUACUGCGACGAGUGCAUCCGCUACCCGGGCUGCCUCCACGGGACCUGCCAGCAGCCCUGGCAGUGCAACUGUCAGGAGGGCUGGGGGGGGCUCUUCUGCAACCAAGAUCUCAACUACUGCACUCACCACAAGCCCUGCAUGAAUGGAGCCACUUGUAGCAACACGGGGCAGGGCAGCUACACCUGUUCCUGCAGGCCCGGCUUCACGGGGGCCAGCUGCGAGGUCCAGGUCAACCAAUGCAACGGGAACCCCUGUCGCAACGGAGGAAGCUGCGCCGAUUUGGAGAACACAUACACCUGCACUUGCCCUCACGGUUUCUAUGGCAACAACUGCGAGCUGAGCGCCAUGACGUGCGCCGACGGGCCCUGCUUCAACGGCGGCCGCUGUGCCGACAACCCUGAGGGAGGCUACUUCUGCCAGUGCCCCACCGGCUACGCAGGGUUCACCUGUGAGAAGAAGAUCGACCACUGCACCUCCAGCCCCUGCUCCAACGGUGCACGCUGCGUGGACCUCGUCAACUCCUACCUGUGUCAGUGUCCGGAUGGUUUCACCGGCAUGAACUGCGACCACACCGGAGACGAGUGCUUCGCGUACCCUUGCCAAAACGGAGGGACGUGCCAGGAAGGUCCCGACGGUUACACCUGCACCUGCCCGCCGGGAUACACCGGCCGCAACUGCAGCUCGCCCAUCAGCCGCUGCGAACACAACCCGUGCCACAACGGCGCCACCUGCCACGAGAGAAACAGCCGCUACGUCUGCGCGUGUGUUCCCGGCUACGGUGGCAGAAACUGCCAGUUCCUGCUCCCGGAGCACGCUGCCAUCCGCGGGUCCGAGGUGCCCUGGAUGGCCGUGGGCUCCGGCGUGGCCCUGGUGCUGCUGCUGCUGGCGGGCUGCGCCGUGCUCGUUGGAUUUUUCCGAUCUAAAGUCCAGCGCGGCGGUCAAAUAGAAACCGUCGGCGAGGGAGAGACAAUAAAUAACCUGACUAACAACUGCCACCGCAGUGACCGGGACCUCAGGGACCUCAGGGACAUGGCGGUCAGCGUUGUGCCGACGCCGGGCGUCAAAAACAUCAACAAGAAGAUGGACUUCUGCGGCGGCGAUCCCGACGAGGGAUCUUCACCGGGGAGGAGCGGAUACAAGAGCCGCCAUCCGCCCGCAGACUACAACCUCGUACACGAGGUCAACUACGAGCAGGCGGCGAAGGAGGCCAUGCUGGAGGCCGCCUGCGAAGACAAGUGCCAAUCACCGGACUCGUUCGAGUUCGAGGAGAAACGCAGCAAACGAUUAAAAUGCGAUGCGUCAGAAAAGAGAGCCCCAGAAAUGUCUGCAUGUGCGGACACCAAGUACAAAUCUGUGUUUGUGAUGUCGGAGGAAAAGGACGAAUGUAUAAUUGCAACCGAGGUGUAACGAGCCACCGAUGGGCUGCCCGUUGCUCAUUUGCUCUAUGGGAGAGUUUUUAUACUCCUUCAGAUGCUGCUCUAACCGAAGGGGGAGGUGUCCCGCCUUGAGACUGCUGCUGAGACUGAGACGUUUAACUGAUAUUCAGAGUGAGCUGGUUCUCUACUGGAAACUAAGCGCAGGCAGCGGCGGCCUGUGGGAUAAGAACUGGCGGGGUAACAAUAAAACAGUAAACUGACACUUAGCUUUCUGUUCGGCCUCGUUAUCGGGGAGUAGGGGUAGAUCUAAAGGGACGCGGUGUCGUGGCGAUGGCGUGCGAUGACGUGCCACACUACCAUUUGUUUUAGUUUCUUUGCAACGUUUGCACCCGGCCGGUUCUCUAACCCACACGCCGUCUCUGAGCGCAGGAACUGCAUCAAACGGUGGAUGUUUGGCCAUACUGGCCUGUUCUUCACGAGGCUGUUACCGUGGGCUGUGCUCCCAUCACCACAGCUGUGAAGACUCUAUGUAUACUUGAUCACUGUGUUACCCCCCCACUCCAAACCAUUAUGACAUAGUAUUGUUCACUUGCUUUUCAGGACUUUUGUCUUAAUUAAAAAAAAUUAUGUUUUUGAUACAGAUUGUCCUUUUUGUAAAAUAAAGAAAAAAAAACAAGAAAAAAGUUUAAAAUUAUGAUUUAAUUUAAUUUAAUUUAAUGAUUUUUGUGUUAUUGUAUAUUUGUGAUUGUUUGUUAUGAUUAUUUAAUUUCUUUUAUAAUAAUAAUGAUGAUAUUUGCAAAGGCACUUCAGGUCAAUGGGACUGUUUUUUAAGAAAAUGUUAUUUAAGAGGGAUUGUACUGUACAUGUUGUUCUUGUUACCGUCUCUUUACCGGUUCUGAAUGAAGGAAUUAGCCACGACUAUUUUUCCAAAUAAAUAUUGCUAAACGUGAAA